AUGAUUGAGCGGUGGCAUCGGUAUAUCAACGCCGCGAUCAUGUGUCACGCCAAUCAAGAGUGGUCACAAUCACUCUUUACUGUCCUCCAGGGACUUAGGUCCAACUUUAUGGACAUUGGUUCGUCUCCCGCCGAAUUCGUCUUCGGUACCACCUUGCGCAUUCCCGGCGAAUUCGUACUGCCCGACGAUUUCUCUCCGUAUCCGCAUAGUUUCGUCGAAGAAUUUCGAAAACAUAUGUGCAAGAUUAAGUCGAUCUCAGCAUGUCACAAAUUUAAACGAAAACCUUUUUUAUUUAAAGACUUGACGGUGUGCUCGCAUGUAUUUUUGCGCAACCACGUCAGGAAAUCCCUGGAGCCGCCCUACACUGGUCCGCACAAAGUCAUAAACCGAACUUCUGAUCGCGUUUACGUAAUCGAUGUUAAUAGCACUUCAUGCCAAGUAUCCAUCGAACACUUAAAACCACCUUAUUUCAUGCGCGAAGAUCUAGAAAGCAUUUUGCCAAUUCAGGGAGAUUCAGCUAACGGAACCGGUAUAGCUCCGCCACUGAAAACGUAUGUUAACAAAAAGGUUACUUUUAGUACAUAA